AUGGAUCACAAUGAGAACUCUCCGAAGCCUCUUAAUUGUGUAGGUGCUUCAAGAAACACAUCAGUUGUUGUUGUAACACUAGAGACCAGUGAAGUAUAUAUUAUAGCCAGCUUGUCUUCUAGGGCUGACACCCAGGUGAUAUAUAUUGAUCCAACAAGCGGUGCACUUCGGUACACUGGGAAGCCAGGUGUUGAUGUUCUUAUGUCCGAAAAUGAAGCUUUUGAUCACAUUACAAAUGCAUCAAAAUGGCAAUGCAGGAGCGCAACCCAUGCGAGGGCAAUUCUGGGUUAUGCAGCCCUUGGAAGCUGUGGUAAAGGCGAACUGAAGAAUGUUCAGGAGUUAACUGAGCUUGACAUUGAUGGGAAACACUACUUCUGUGAGACAGCAGACAUAACUCGACCUUUUCCCAGUCGUAUGCCUUUAGAAAAGCCUGAUGAUGAAUUCGUAUGGAAUGGAUGGCUAUCAAUGCCUUUCAAACACAUUGGUCUUGCGCAGCAUUGUGUCAUUCUACUGCAGGGCUUUGCAGAAUGUCGAAACUUUGGAAGCUUGUGUCAGCUAGAAGGGAUUGUUUCUCUGACAGCUCGUCGUAGUAGGCUACAUCCUGGGACUCGAUACUUGGCUCGGGGGUUAAAUUCUUGUUUCAGUACAGGAAAUGAGGUGGAGUGUAACAACUUGUUUGGGUGCCCAAAAAGAGUAGUGAAAGCGUUCCCUUUAAUACAUAUAUCUGGCGACGUGGUACUAUUCCAAUAUGGUGGGGUGCAGAGUUAA